GCCCUACGAAGACAAUCAAAGGGUCCGCCCAUUCACUUCCUUCGAAACACCGCCGCAGCACAGAACUCGCAGCUCACGUUGGGGUGUAGACGCACGUGCUCGCACGCCAUGACUACUCCAGGGAUUCGUUCAUCUACGGCGUGCGGGCUACUCCUAAUCUGUUUCAUCGCAGUUUACCACGUGUUACCGGCGACUGCCGCGGAAAAGCCACCCGGUCAGGGUCUACAGUGUGAUGGAUGCGUUGCGAUCCUGCAAGAGCUGCACCCCAAGCUGUCGGCAAGCCAGGGCCGUAAGCGACUCGUGGAAGGCGCGCUGAAGAACCUGUGCAACGCGGACAACUUCGUCGUCUACAGGCACAGCCCUCCCAAGAUGCUCAAGGCCUGCAACUUUAUCCUCGAUAACUACCGGGAUGAGCUGACGUCCAGCCUGCACAACUUUUACAAGAAGUACAAGGUGAAGGACAACCUCAAGCUGCAGGCGGAAUUCUGCGAUGAGACUAUCAAGGUCUGCCCACCAGGAAUGCGGGACGCGGACAUUAGGAUGAAUCCCAUUGGCAUGAGCGUCGAAGAAGCCAACGAGAAGCUGGCUCAAGGCAUCAAUGGCAAACAAGAGAGGGUAAUCGAACUUGACAACGAGCGGGUCGAGCUAUGAUCGACAUGAUGAUCGACAAGGCAGUCGACAACCACUUGCUACACAGUGAUCUUGCACAGCUUGAGGCUACAAAUCCGAAAUCUGUGAUCCUAUGUUGUACCUCACACCUGUGGUCGUUUCAUCAACAAAUGUAUCCCAUUAAA